AUGGAUACCAAAAAGGAAGAGGACAUCAAAGAUGAGAAACUUAUGAAAGAAGAUGUUGGUUCAGCAUCACAACCCAAUGCCCGGGAGUUGAUUUGGGAAGCCUUUCUCAAGGUCACCGAGGACAAGAACCUUGGAGAUUGGCUGCAAGAGAAGUACUCAGAACCAAACACGUUCCUUCGCGCCAUCGAGCGAAUUGUGUGGGGACGCGAUGGAGCCCAAAGUUGUCCCGAUUUGGUGACCCUCAUCCCCAACUCUGAUGCACCUGAGCUAUUUGUUGGUCUUCAUCAACUUGACUACAGCAAAGACGCAAAGAGUGGAUACUUCCCACACAUGUCAACGUUGAAGACGCACAUGCGGUCUAUCAUCUUCAACAACUUCGACCCUUUUCGCGAACCCUUACAAGUGAAGUUCCAAGAUUGUGCGGAUCGUCGUGUCGACAACUUCACCAUCCAAUAUAUUGAUGGAUUUGCCAAAGGCUUGAUAUGUCAGGGCAUUGUUGGGCUGAUUGACCUGCUUGAGUGGCCAGAGGACGACCUCAACUCAGCCGAGUUGUUACCACUUUUGCUGUCUUUGAGAUUCUUCAAGGCUUUGUAUCGGCACCAAACAGAUCCAACAAAGUACAUCUAUGAUGCAUUACGUGUGGGUCAUGAGACCUCAGAGAAACAGGCGCCGUCGGCCUUGGAAUUGAUGGGCCAAUUCAAAAAGGCGAUGGCGCAAUUGAGAGUCUCUACCGGGAAGACACAUCCAACACCAACAGCUUUGAACAUGUGCAUUGCAGAGUUCAACAAGCUGGUGCAGCGCAAGUAUAAAGUCGAUGGUCCAAAGAGAAAGGUGAUCUUGAGUCUCCUGCGAGUACCCGAAGAGUUUGUGGACUUGCUAUCAGGUCAUUACGACAAGUUCAAGCACUCCACUUCAGGCGUGCCCCGCUCCGCUUGCAUGUAUCAAGAGGAAGUCUUACCCGAGUCUUACCCUUAA